AUGACGACAGCAACCGUCGUAGCCCAGCAGAGUGAGAACUUUGGACGGUUCGCUGCAGCAAGCUGCAGCAGUGCCGGCACCACGGCUUCGACCGUCGCAGCACCCGGUACGCAGCUCAGGAUGAACGACACGCACCAACCGCAACCGUUGCAUACGAGCGAUACUAGCCCCCGCGACCAGAACACCAACGGUACCAGCACGGGCGGCGGACUGGCCGUAGCCAACCUAGCACUGCACGGAGGCGCCUCAGGCGCCCUCAACGCAAACUCGAACGGCAGCACCACGAGCAACGGGUCCGGCACGAACACCACCAACAACAACAACCACGGAACCGGUAAAAGCCGCACGAUGUCGCUGAGCGAAGGGAAAAUUGAUCACCUGCUGCGGGAUCAGCAGCGGGAGCAGCAACGAGAACAGCAUCAGUCAUCGCACCAUCAGCAAUCCUCCCAGCAGCAACAACAGCACCACCAGCAUCCACUACAGAACCGGCUGCGCGCUGUAUCACCAACGCCCUCGGAACAACAGUACGCCCUCAAGUGGAACGACUUCCAGUCGUCGAUCCUGUCCUCCUUCCGGCAUCUGCGCGACGAGGAAGAUUUCGUCGACGUGACCAUUGCCUGCGAUUCGCGAUCCUUCACCGCGCACAAGGUGGUGCUCAGCGCGUGUAGUCCCUACUUUCGCAAGCUACUAAAAGCGAAUCCCUGCGAGCACCCGAUUGUCAUCCUGCGUGACGUACGCUCGGAGGAUAUCGAAAAUUUGCUGCGAUUUAUGUACAACGGUGAGGUACACAUCGGCCAGGAUCAAUUAAGCGAUUUCCUCAAAACGGCCCAGUUGCUGCAAGUGCGCGGCCUGGCAGAUGUUACAACCGGCAAUCCAACCGGCGGCCGAACGUCGGCCAACUCGUCCAUGCUGAACUCAUCAUUAUCGACACCUGCCGUACAGGAACUGAAGGCAUCACCCACCUCCACCUCGUUACCAUGGGAGCUGCCGGAUGACAACAAUCCAGCGCCACCGCCCCAGAAGCGUACCAAGAGCUCUGAGCUGUACCGCAAACAGCACGGGCUCAGCCCGGACGAUCCGAUACCGCUCGAUCUGCUACCGAUUGGGCAGCAUCCGCUAACGCGCGAGCGUGAUCGCUCCAAGGACAAGAGCAAGCAGGACCAUCACCAUCGCGGUUCCUCCGAACAUGAUCUGCACCAUCACCAUCAUCAUCGCGAGCGGGACCGAAGCCUGGAGCUGCGUGAGUCUCUGCUCGGCCAAGCGCUCGAAGGAGGACCCACACUAACCGUACCUUCGUUCGAACGUCUCUACUCCAUCCAGAAACAUCCCGAUCUGCUCUCGCUCCAGGCCGUGGCCAGUGGGGAGGAUUCGAACAGCAGCGAUACCGCGGCCUCCGACCACGGUGACGAUAUCGAGGGUCUGAACGGUAACAUCGAACACACCCGACCAUCGUUCCCGUUCCUAGGUUUGCAAGGCAUACCCGGGCUAAUACCGGGACCGUCCGGCAUGCAUGGUGACAACUUCGAUGCGCGGCAACAUUGCGAUGCGUUGAUAAAGGAGGAGAUCGAUGAGCCGCAGCGUAAUGAUGCAUCCCAUCGUGCUGCUAUCCAUGAGGACCGGGCAACCGGUCGGGUCCGGCGGCGCGAUCACGAUCAGAACGGGCUGGAUUGUAGCACGGGUAGUCGACAGCAUCAGCAGCUGCAGCAGCGCCGGUUUGCGAAGCGAUUCAAGCGUUCCCACCAUCCGGAGGUGGGCGAGAAUUUGCACCGCCGGCAUACUGUGGCGUCACCCUCCGUUUCGCUACGGUCGGAGGAAGCGUACGAGGAGCAGACGAUGGAGCGGGGUCAUAGCUCGCAGCGCCCAGGUAUCAAUGGUCCCUCCGUGCUCGAUGACGUUCGGGAGGCGCUCGCGCUGCGACGAUCCACUGCAAAUCACACCGAAGUGCCAGCUCGGCAAAAGCCGACGUACAACAGUGACGUGGAAGAGGAGGACGAAGAGGACGUUGGGAACGGUGAGCGUGGUCGAGUGGCGGUCGCCAAUCGCGACACGAACGAUCGCGACAUACGGACGCCGCUGCGCGAUGAAGACGAAGAUGACGAGGAGGACGCUGAUGGUGGCAGCGAAGAUAACGAGCUCGAUCUUAAGGUGGACGGGCGGCUGUCCGCCAUUGCCACCACGCUGGACAGUGAGUACCAUAAGCGGAUGGCAGCUGCCGGUGUGUUGGCGGCUGCGGCAGCAGCGAGUGCCAGCGCGCUCGGUGACGCUGGCAGUGAGCAGGCGGCGGCCGACUUCUUCGCCGCUCAUCAUAAAGCUGGCACUCACGAGCUGGCGCUCAAGCAGCACUUCCUCAACGAAAAGGUUCGACUGCAGGCGCUGCUACAGCGCCAAGCGCAGCAACAUCAGCAUCACCAGAAGCUGGCCGGCUUUCUGCUGUCGACGGCUACCACUCCACCAACACCUACCCUCACACCAACCAACGUGCUCAACCUCGGCCAGUCCGGUAACACCGACCAUCAGCGUGGUGGUUCGGCCUCACCUGCUACCACAGCGGGUGGGCGAUCUUCGGCCGCGGCUGGUAAUGGAGAUUCGGGAAGCUGCAGUAAACCAGCGAACAGUAAGCAACAGUCAUCCUGCAACUCUUCACCGUCGCCGGCUUCAUCUGCGGCGGCCGUAGCUGCUGCAGCCGCCGCCGCUGAUCGUUUGUUUGCUGCGGCGUAUAGUAACAGUGCCAGUGCCGCUGCCGGUGCCGGAACCGGGGCCGGUGGUUCCAGUGCAGGUGGCGCUAACGUUGGUUCCGGCAGUGCGGGUAAUGGGCAGGUAUAUCUGCUACCCUGUCCGCUGUGCGAAGUGCCGCUAGAGCCGCGCGUGUUCCGACAACAUCUCGACCGGCACUAUCCGCGGGACAGUCCCGUGUGUCCGGUGAUUCAGUGCGGUCGACGAUUCGCGCACCCGAACUCGGUCCGCAAUCAUAUGCGGCUGAAGCACACGAACCAGUGGGCCCAGAUGAAGGCGAUGCGAUCGUCGGGUGGGCCAUUCACUGGCAUACCGUGA